CACCAGGUCCCAACCGGCGAUUCUCAGCCGGGACUCAGUGAUUAUUGGCUGACAGGGGAGAGACCAGUAUACAUGCUGCUUUGUAUUUCUCUGCACAGCAGAGAAAUACAAAGCAACAUGUCCCAUAGUAAAACACUACACAGCACAUAAUUUUAAAAACACACACAGCACACAGUUAACGCUUUGAUCACCCCAGAUGUUAACCCCUUCCUGCCUAGUGUCAUUAGUACAGUGUCAGUGCUUUUUAUUAGCACUGAUCAUUGUAUUAGUGUUAUUGAGAUGUCAGUGGCAGUUAAUCAGUUCCCACCCAGUGUCAGAAUGCCCACCGCAGUCCCACUAU